UCUCAUUCACUUUCUCUCUUCUUUUCUUUAACCUUUUCACACCGUAUACAACAAACAACAACAACAACAACAGAGGACUUACACAAUGUGCGAUUCAGAGCUUCUCUCUCGUUGUUCUUCCUACGAAGCCGACGUUGAUUCCGACAGCGAGAUCUCUACUACCUCCAGCUUCAGUUCUUGCUCUUACAGUGGAUCUGAGGAACAAAAGUUCGACAAUGGUUUUGGUGCUGUUCGCUCCAAGAAGCAGACCAAGAAGCUGGAGAGGAAGAAGAGCAAUGUGUUGUUAGAAGGCUACGUUGUUGACUCUGCAGCCGUGAACGAUGAUUUGAAGAGAACCAAGAGUUUAACUGACGAUGAUCUCGAGGAGCUUAAGGGUUGUGUAGAUCUUGGUUUUGGUUUCAAUUACGAGGAGAUCCCCGAGCUUUGUAAUACUUUACCUGCCCUCGAGCUUUGUUACUCCAUGAGUCAGAAGUUUAUCGAUCAAGAUCACCAUUCUUCUUCUUCUUCUUCGCUGCUUCUUGAAUCUCCUGUUAGUCCUAUUGCUAGCUGGAAGAUCUCUAGUCCUGGUGAUAAUCCUGAUGAUGUUAAAGCAAGGUUGAAAUUUUGGGCACAAGCUGUGGCCUGUACCGUCAGAUUAUGUACUUGACGAGUUUUGGAUUGCAUCAAUCUAAAGUCGACGAACCAAUGGAGAGGGGAAAGUUAGAUGAUUGAGCAACGCAAUCUGCAGGAGUGAAUUCUCUUUCUGAGACUGACCUGCUUGGAUACACCCAUUGUUGUAGAGCUCUUUGCAGCUCUGACUGUAUAUGUAUAAAAUGAUUAAUGAUCAACGAAGAUUUUGCUUAGGACAUUGUUGUAAUGAAUGACUAAUAAGAGGAAAUGAAUAAAACUUUGUUCUCUUUAUUGAUAAA